AUGUCUACUGACACCUCAACAGGAGCGAGUGAGGACCAGCGAGCCUCGCUAACCUCCCGAGUCCUUCCCAUGAUGAUCUUGUCGGAGGGAUCAAGUCCCCUCACUCGCCCCCUCACUCCAGUACCCUUUACAUCUGCUCUAUCACGAGCCGAAGCGCGAUUUCAAGUUUACGGAAAAGCCAUAGUCACUGGCGGAGCAGGAGCACUAGGCAUAAUCUCCGCACAGGCUCUCCUAGAGCACGGUCUUUCCUCACUGUGUAUCAUGGAUCUCCCCAGGACCCUGGAGACAUCAGAAGAGCAAAUCCAAUUACUGGCAUCGGAGUUUCCCUCUGCCAAUAUAACCAAAAUUCCCUUGGACGUGACAUCAAUGGAAUCAAUCGAAGCCGCAUUCGAGCAGGCAAACAAGACAAUGGAAGGCAUCGAUAUCCUCUGCUGCUUUGCUGGUAUCCCCGGCUGCCACCCAUCUCUCACAGUAACACCCGACCAGUUCAAUAGAGUGAUAGACGUCAACCUGAACGGAUCUUUCUUCUGCGCUCAGGCAGCAGCAAAGCGAAUGGAAUCCUCAGGCAAAGGCGGGUGUAUUUUGUUCACUGCGUCGAUUUCUGCCCACUAUACCAAUUUCCCGCAGCCGCAGGCUGCUUAUAAUGCGAGCAAGGCUGGGGUUGCGCAUCUGACUCGAAAUCUGGCUGCGGAGUGGGCUGUUUAUGGGAUCAGAGUGAAUAGUAUUAGUCCCGGAUAUAUGGAUACCAUUCUCAAUGCUGGGGAUAGUUUGGCGGAUGUUAGGAAGAUUUGGGAUUCCCGUUGUCCGAUGGGCCGGAUGGGAGAUCCUGAAGAGAUUACUGGAGCUGUUGUUCUUCUGUGUAGUCAGCGUGCGGGACGGUACAUUACUGGUGCUGAUAUUGUUAUUGAUGGAGGAACUUUGACACUGUGA